GUGGUCGGCUGGCUCUCGUUUUUAGAAGGCGUGGCUAAUGAUAUUAAACAUUUAAUAGUUUUUAGUGUUUUAAGGAAAUUUUGCUUACGAUAAUACAGGACAACCUAGGAACAAAGUAGACAUAAAAGAAGAGAGAAACAUAAAACAUCUUACAGACAUCCAAACUUUGUUAAUCGAUAUAAGUACCCACUCAUAUUCAAACUGCUUAUCCAGUACAGAGCAUGGAGCCCACCCCAAGAAACACAACAGCACUCUGGGUGUGAUGCCAUCACACACAUAAAAAUGGCAAUUAAUCCAUAGCUUCAUCUCCCAGUUAGCGACACCAGUUCACUGUCAUCGGACACAGAUUCAUCGAACUGCAUGUUUUUAGACUGUAGAGUAGAGGAACUCAAACAUGUAAACUUGACAGUCAUAGAGGAAGGUUUUGAGGCCCAGCCCCCCCAAAUGUCAAACGCAGCUCCUCAUACAUUGUAAGUCACGCCCUCCGGGACGGAGGCUCUGUUUUCUAUUACAGUCUGUCUUCGCUGAAGUACAGGAGCUGAACAGGCAGGUGCACAAGAGCUUCCCAUCCAUAACUAAGUUUUGCUUCUAACGGACAAGCACGAAAAUAGAUAAAAUGCCGCUCGCCCGGGACCUGAUGUAUCCAGCGUAUGAGGCUGAGAGGCGACGACACAAGAAAAAAAGGCUUGUGCAGUCUCCUAACUCGUACUUCAUGGAUGUCAAGUGCCCAGGCUGCUACCGGAUCACCACUGUGUUCAGCCACGCCCAGAGAGUGGUGCCCUGUUCCGGGUGCUCCUAUGUGCUCUGUCAGCCCAGGGGGGGAAAAUGCCGCCUUACGGAAGGCUGUUCAUUUAGACGGAAGCUGCACUGAAUGUCUGUGAACAUGUGCACUGAAGACACAUCUCCAGUGGGGUCGCUCAGCUACAUACAGUACGGGCCUCAGUCUUAUAUGACCAAGCAGAGUAUAAGGGGACGGAAAGGAGGAGAACUGAUAUUCAGUAAAAUGACGAUGAUGAUGAUGAUGAAUAUGGUGGUGAUGAUGAUGAUUAUGAAUAGAGGUCACAUGGGGUGUUUCUCAGUACAAAGAAUGCAAAGAACGUACUUGUGGUCUUGCCAAAAACUUGCCUGUCAAGAAUGGACUUGGGGGCCCAAUAAAUCGUGGAAUUGUUCUCGUUUGGGGAGGAUGCAACCAAUGUAUCCUUGAUAUUUGUGACGGGGCAAGAAUGACAUCUGGGUAUUAUUACCAUCCUCUAUACUUCUGUUCUUACUACUGGAACUGGACUCUGGCAGUGAAAGAAGAUGUAAAACGGCUGCACAGGAACACAAGUACGGUCAAGUACACAUGUUGAGGAACACCCUUGGACCUGCAGUAGAGCAUUUUUGCAGAUUUUGAGGGCAUGCGUUAUUCCUCUGCAGCGUGGGGCUUCUCAGACAAUCUUAACUGAUCGGCAAAUUGUUUUCUAGCACAUAGCAUUUAGAUAUCAGCAUUUAGAAAGUAAGGAAGCUAUAUUCCCAUUGCCAGUAUAUUUUCCAUAGAAAUAUUGAGAAUUUGAAAUAUGUAGAUUUUAAGUUCUUCGCACAUUUCAUAUUUUUAAUUCUAAGCAUAUGGGAAUAAUGACUGUUAAAGGUGAUUAAGGUGUAUUCUCAACUUUUCUAAAUCUAUGUAUUGUUUCACCCUCAAUCAGUAGCUUCUUAGAGAAUAUCUACAGGUGUCACAGUACCUUACAGUUAUGAUGAAAAACAAAUGCAAUGUGAGAUAAUUGCUGUCAUAAUUAAAGAAAAAUCUAUGUGCUUUG